GGAACGAGCUUUCUAUUCACGGAUUGAUCGAUAGUCUCUUGCGUUCAGUCCAGACUGCAGCUCGGGAGAUCAGAAGCCAGAAUACUAUCAGAAUACUAUUCGAUUACAGCCAUGGCCCAGGUGAAAGUAACUCGGUGGGAUGCGGCUAAGGACGGGCCAGUGGAUGAGGAGAAAAUGAAGAAGAAACUCGCUGCUCUCGGUUUCGAAGUGAAAAGAUAUGAGUUCCCCGCUGGGAAAACCUUUGACGAGCAUUCGCACGGCGAAUACAAGGUGGACGCCAUUACGAGCGGCCAGUUCGAGUGCACCCAUGGCGGUACAAGCGUGGUCCUGAAGCCAGGGGAUUAUCUCGAGAUGCCACCUAACGUUGCCCACAGUGCGAAAAUUGUCGGGUCUGAAACUGUCGUUCUCUUUGACGGCACCAAAAAAUAGAGGAACAACAUCACAAACAUACAUGACAGCAUCUUCAGUGUAGUGUCUCGGUAGAUUGUGUACUUAUCCUAUCAGUGGUGAUUAGACAUUUAAUAUGUAAAGAAGUUAUAAAACUAAGGCCAAAUAUGUGUAUAUGAUGGUGGUGUGAUAUGUUCAUCAUGGAGGCCUCAGAACUUAUUGACAAUUUAUAUUAUACAACUUUUAGAAUCGCAAAAAUGAAAUACAACGGCGAGGGGUGGGGUGGGGAUUCAGGUACCAUUACAGUAAAAUUAAAUAUUAAAUAUCUUACAUAUAUUUCUUUGAUCAAGAAUCCAUUAGUCCAUGUGACGUAAAGUGUUAAUUUAUUAACAGUAUUGCUCAACGUCUGCGCAUAGCUCAAAUGUACAAGGGCAGGUUAACGAUUUGAUACAGAAGUAAUUACAGGUAUAUUGUAUUAUAUAUUUAAAGAGGGUGCACCGCUUCUCUAAAUAAACUCAUAUGACCAUUUGUGUCUGCACCUCUCUAGGUCCGCCUUUGUAUAGGCUCAAUCUUAAUAUUUCUUUUGAGACUGCUCACAUUUUGAAAAUGACAGGUGUAUUAUUUAAUAGUUAAACAAUAUACGCAAAUAAAAAAAUUGUCACGUC